AUGAAAAUAGGUAUAAUUGGUUCUGGUUUUGCUGGUUUAUCAUCAGCUUUAUUUCUGUCUCGUAAUAAAUUGAAUGCAAUCACUCUCUAUGAUAAAUUUGAUAAAGUUCAAACUGUUGGUGCAGGAAUUCUAAUACAACCAUCAGCAAUGGAAAUAUUUAAAAAAUUGGAUCUUUAUGAAGAAUUUAUAAGAAACGGUGAAAAAGUUUAUGAUCUUGAAGGAACAAAUCAUCGUGGGCAAAAAGUAUUUUUAACAUCUUAUAACGAUUAUGCACCCGAAUGUUUUGGUAUUGGAAUACAUCGUUCACUCCUAUUCCAGUCAUUAUAUAAUAAAUGUAAAAUGCAAUCAAAUAUCAAAUUUGAAUUAAAUCAUGAAAUUAUAUUUUUAGAAGAUAAUAGAUCGGCUUAUGAUCUAUUAAUCGUAGCAAAUGGUUCACAUUCUAAUCUAAGAGAUCAAGUACCUAUUAAACAAUCUUAUAAAUUAUAUCCUUAUGGUUGUUUAUGGACAACUAUUGAAGAUGAUCGAAUUGCUCCUAAUCAAUUACGACAAUAUCUUAAAUAUUCACAAGAAAUGUUUGGUAUUCUACCAUCUGGAAUAAACGAUAAUCUUAAACGCAUUGUUAGUGUUUUUUGGAGUUUGCCGAUUAGAUUAAAAAAUACUUAUUCAAUAGAAAACAUUUUAGAAUCUAUGAAAUUUUAUUUAAAUGAAGAAAAUAAUGAUUUUUUCGAAAAACUCAAACAAGCUAAUUAUUCAUUUGCUGUUUAUGCUGAUGUUUAUAUGCAACAGUAUCAUCAUGAAAAUAUUGUUUUUAUUGGAGAUGCAGCACAUGGAAUGAGUCCUCAAUUAGGUCAAGGUGUUAAUAUGGCAUUUAUAGAUAGUUAUUUCUUAGAUAAAGCAUUAAUCAAUAAUAAUGAUAAUAUUAAAUUAGCUUUGAAUAAUUAUACAAAAUUAAGAAAAAAACAUUUGAGAUUUUAUAGUCAAGCAAGUAAAUUUUUAACACCAUUAUAUCAAAGUGAUCAAGAAUUCUAUGGACGAUUUCGAGAUUUACUUUUUACAAUAUCAAAACAAAUGAAAUUUUCAAGAAAAAUAUCAAGUCAAAUUUUGUGUGGAAAGAGAACUAGCUGGAUAACAAAUAAAGAAAUUCAAUAUUAA